AUGCUUAUUUUACUAACGCGAUUUUUCAAACUCUCUCUCUCUCACUCUCUAAUAUAUAAUACUAUUCAAAAACAGAACGAAGAGGAACAAGUAGAAGAAGAACAAGUAGCAGCAGAGGAAGAGCCAGAACAAGAGGAAGAAGCAUCGUCUGAAGAUAUUGUGGUUAAAACUACGCCGUUCGACCCGAGGUUCCCGCAGCAAAAUCAAGCGAAGCAUUGCUACACGCGAUACAACGAGUAUCACAAGUGCGCGGCUGAAAAGGGAGAAGAAGAGUGCGCUUCUAUGGCGAGAUUGUACAGAUCUAUUUGUCCGGGAGAAUGGGUGGAGAAAUGGAACGAAGAACGCGACAAUGGAACGUGGCCGGGACGCUAUUAA